GCAGAGAGAAGAAAAAGAGCAGUGUAGCUUCCAGUCAUGGAGCAGAUGACAGUCACAGACCAACCGGCGGUUACCAAAACCUUAGCAUCAGUGUUUAAAAAGAAGGAAGUAGGGGGUUUAACCAACGAAAGCGCUGAUAAGUCGAAGGCGGAGAACAUCCCCAUGGAGAAAGAACCGGUUCUCACACAGCCUGGCCUCGGCGUCACCACGACAACCAUCACCACCAUCACCCAGACGGGAGGAGACUGGACCACCGGCCUGUUUGACAUCUGUGCAGACAAGACCACAUGUAUUAUAGGAGCCUUCGUGCCGUGCUGUUUGGAAAUGAGUUUAGCCCACCAGUAUGGAGAGUGUAGCGGCCUGCCUUUCCUGCCUGGAUCCACCUUCGCCAUUCGAUCUGGAAUCAGGGAGCGGUACAAGAUACGGGGUAAUCUUUGUGAAGACUGGACUGCAACAUGCUGCUGUUACCCUCUGGCUGUAUGCCAGAUGACCAGAGAGCUAAAGCGAAGGACGAAGAGUCAGAUAUACCAGGUUUCCACCGUCCUGGAGUGCUCCUGAGGAAACUCUGGAGAACAAAUGAAGCUGAACCUUUACCAUUCCAUGCAAGAUCCCAGAAGGACCAGCGGAGAUUACCAGUAUGAAGAGCAUGAAGAAUCAAUACUACAAGGGCUGAACUACUUUGAAAUGCACUUGGGGAGGUCUUGGAUGUUAAUUCAAGCCUACCCUCUACAAUUCAAAGAAGGCUGGAAAGGAUGAACCUUGAUUGAGCAUGAAUAGCAUGACGAAUCAGACCAGCGUGGAGCACUGAGAGUUUUAACAUACUAACUGAGGCCUACCUGUAG